AUGGUGAAGUUCUCAAAGGAGCUUGAAGCUCAACUCAUCCCAGAAUGGAAAGAUGCUUUUGUUAAUUAUUGGCAGCUCAAGAAACAUGUCAAGAAAGUUAAACUCUCAAGAAAAUCUAAGCAACUAGAAGACAUCAACAACUACUAUGAUAUUGGUCGAUCCAUUUUCGACCCGAUUCGUCGCGUGUUUCACCGAAUCUCCUCAGGCCUUCAUACACAUAGUAGUAAUCCCGAAACUUUCCAGAUGAGGCGAAAAAUGGGUGAUGGUGAGGAGAGUGCGAAUGAAGGAGGAGAGGAUGAGGAAGAAGGAGAACAAGAAGAAGAAGAAAUUCAUCAAAAUGUUGAACUGCUUCAACUGUUUUCAGAAGAGGAUGAGGUUCAAAGAUUCUUCGACAGAUUGAACGAGGAACUUGACAAAGUGAACAAGUUCUAUGCCGCCAAAGAAGCUGAGUUUCUUGAAAGGGGAGAAAUCCUAAAUAAGCAACUCCAGAUUCUGGUUGACCUUAAGCAAGUUUUGUACGAUCGAGGAUUGCGGACCAAAAGUAUGUCAUCAUCUACUACUUCAAGAAUGUCCAGAUCUUGUUCAUUAUCACCAGCUCGGACCUCGGAUUUCUCAGAGACUCAAAGUGAAUAUAGUGAGAGCAUUUCGUCAGAAACAUCCCAGACUGAAGAAGUAAUCGCAGCAUUGGAGAAAAAUGGGAUAAAUUUCGUUCCUGGGACGACACCAGGAAGAGGGAAAAAGACCAAAAAAGGAAUAAAACCUAAAAUGGGGGUGAGGAUUGACAUUCCAGCAACCACACCAACAAGAACAAUUUCAGCAAUCACGUCAAUGCUUUGGGAAGAUUUAGUGAACAACCCAAAGAAAGAAGGCACAGGAGAAUUCAUCAACAGAAAGAAGAUUCAAUGUGCUGAGAAGAUGAUUCGAGGUGCUUUUGUGGAGCUUUACAGGGGCCUUGGAUUGCUCAAAAGAUACAGUUCUUUGAACAUGAUGGCUUUUGUGAAGAUACUCAAGAAAUUCGACAAGGUGUCAAACCAGAAAACAUCAGCAAAUUAUCUGAGAACAGUAAAGGAAUCUCAUUUCAUCAGCUCAGACAAGGUUGUUAGACUAAUGGACGAAGUGGAGUCCUUGUUCACUCAGCACUUUGCCAAAGGUGACCGAAAAAAGGCAAUGAAGUUCCUUCGGCCCCAACCUAACAAAGAGUCCCACAUGGUCACUUUUUUUGUUGGGCUUUUCACUGGUUGUUUUGCUACAUUGUUUAUUGUGUAUGCAAUUUUGGCACAUAUGAGUGGCAUGUUUUCUCCCAGAUCAGAAAGAGGUUAUAUGGAAGCAGUUUACCCAGUUUUCAGCAUGUUUGCAUUGCUUAGCUUGCACUUGUUUAUGUAUGGCUGUAACCUCUUAUUCUGGAAGAGCACUCGGAUCAACUACCUUUUCAUCUUCGAAUUCCAACAUCAUACAGCCCUCAAAUACAGAGAUGCCUUCCUCAUUGGUACCUCCUUACUCACUGCAGUUGUCACUGCAAUGGUCAUUCAUUUGAUCCUUCUUGCACGUGGCGUUUCGCAGCCUCGAGUAGAUGCCAUCCAAGGAGUACUUCUCUUGAUAUUUGUAGCCAUUCUCAUAUGUCCACUAAACAUAUUUUAUCGUCCAACUCGCUACUACUUCAUUAAAGUAAUGCGCAACAUCAUUUGCUCUCCCUUCUACAAGGUUUUGAUGGUUGAUUUCUUCAUGGCUGAUCAACUGACUAGCCAGAUUCCAUUGCUCAGGCACAUUGAAUCAACAGUUUGCUAUUUUGUGGCUGAAAAUUUCAAAACACACCACUAUGAAACCUGUAAAUCUGGAAAGAUAUAUAGGGAGCUUGCUUAUGUCAUCUCAUUUGCUCCAUAUUAUUGGCGCGCCAUGCAGUGUGCGAGGCGAUGGUUGGAUGAAUGUGAUGUGAACCACCUGGUGAACCUGGGGAAGUAUGUCUCAGCAAUGGUGGCAGCAGGGGCAAGGAUUACAUAUGCCAGGCAGCCCACAGUUUUCUGGAUGGUAAUUGUAUUGGUGACAUCGCUUGUGGCGACUGUUUAUCAGCUGUACUGGGAUUUUGUUAAGGACUGGGGACUUCUCAACUUUAGAUCCAGAAAUCCAUGGCUAAGAGAUGAUUUAGUUCUUAAACAUAAGUCCAUCUAUUACAUUUCAAUUGCGUUCAAUUUUAUGUUGAGAUUAGCUUGGCUGGAAACCGUGAUGCAUUUCAACAAUAUUGGAUUGUUCGAGUCUCGAAUGCUUGAUUUUUUCCUGGCUUCUUUAGAGGUUAUCAGACGCGGGCACUGGAACUACUACAGAUUGGAGAAUGAACAUUUAAACAAUGUUGGAAAGUUUAGGGCAGUGAAGACAGUUCCAUUACCAUUCAGAGAAACUGAUUCUGAUUGA